AUGGCCAAUCUUUUUGGUGCAGCUCCUCUUAGAUCGAUCGAACGGGAGCCUCGAACGAAGCAAUUCUCGUUUGGGACACGCCACAUCCCAGCUGUCGCCUCGGAAAUCCCCGACCUUCAUUCCACACCCGGCCUAGUUACAUCGGGUAUUAGACUCCUGUCCGCCUUUAUCCAACCAGGUGAAGAAAAAAAGAUCAAGGAGGAGUAUUUCGUCACUGAGGUAAGGGCUUAUGGCCGGCUCAAACCCUUACAGCGAGUUGUGACACCAAGCACCUCGGGUAUCUUCCUCUCAUCGCCUGAGGAUGCAACGAUGAUGCUUGAAGACCUGUCAACUCUACUCCGGUCGUGUUACCGAGCACCGCACGCGUUUAGCGUGCAUCAGGAUGACAGCAACCUGUCAAACUUCCGGCUUGUGGAUGGGACGUUGAGUAUUAAGCAUCUGGCUGAUGAUUGUGUGGCAAUGCAGGCUUACUAUCGGGAUGAGUGCUCCCCGGAGGCAGCUUGAUUAGAGUACUUAGGGUAGGAGCGCGAGGAAAGACUUCCAUAAUUCGUAAUAUCCUGAAGGGAACACGAGAAACCGUUUCCACAGUCCCCCAUAUCCCAAACCUCAUGAGCUGAACCAGCGACGUAUAACCGGGUAUCCAAAUACACCAAAACCUCCCAACAAACAUUACCCACCCUAAGCCGAUUUCCCUCCCUUAAACUCCCCGCUCCCACUCUCCCUCCCCUCUAC